AUGCAGGACGCCUUCUCUCACGACAACUCCGACCCCGUCGAACGGCGAAGAUCUUACGGUCGAGGCGGCUUCGGGAACAUGUAUACCCCAUCCCAAUACAGAGACUUGUUCGUCGUCGCUCCAAAGACCGACGAGGAAGGUGCAUCCAGACGUCGAAGCUCAAUAUGGUCUCGACGAUCGACAAGCACGAGCAGCUCCGGAUCGUUCAUGGACAAGAUCCUACGACGCAGCUCGAAGGCGGAAGAAGCUCGAUGA